AUAUAAAAUCGAAUCAAGAACCCAAACUCUAGGGUUUCUCCAAUUUCUCGCUCUCAAUCAGCCGCUCCUUGUCUUUCGCAGUCAGUGAGUACCUUCAAAUCCAGCCAACAUGACCAAGAGAACAAAGAAGGCGGGUAUUGUUGGAAAGUAUGGUACCCGUUAUGGUGCUAGUCUGCGAAAGCAGAUUAAGAAGAUGGAAGUCAGUCAGCAUAGCAAAUUUUUCUGUGAAUUUUGCGGGAAGUUUGCAGUGAAGAGGAAGGCUGUGGGUAUUUGGGGCUGCAAAGACUGUGGAAAGGUCAAGGCAGGCGGUGCCUACACUUUGAACACUGCUAGUGCUGUGACCGUAAGGAGCACCAUCCGGAGGCUGAGGGAACAAACUGAGAGUUGAGCUGCAAUCAGACUAUUCUAUCUUAUUUUGGAUAUCUGCACCUUAGAGAAAAAUCUACUUUAAGAUUUGUGGCUGUUACUAUUUUAACCUUUCGUUGUUUCCGAAAUGGGAGUUGAGUUUAAUAUGAGAAUUUCAUUUUUAUUCUGUGGCGGAGUGGUUUCUGGUAAUGUUAUCACUCUUUAAAGUUGAAUUUUAUUGACUUCAAGCUGGAGUUAAAAGCUACAAGUAGCUGCCAA